UUCCCCCGCCUCUUCCCUUUCCCCUUGCGAAAUCCCUAAAUCCCUAUUGCCCAUCUUCCUCAAGCAUAUUGCAGCUUUCAUCGACUCCCUCAACAUUGCUGUCGUCGCCCGCUUGCUCCCUCAAAGUCAUCGUCGUCGCAUCCUUACUGCCUCAACGUCUGCCGUCGCUGCGUCUUUACUGUCUCAACGCCGACAUCGCCUUGUCCUUGCUAUCUCAACGCCACUAUCGCAGCCUCCUGCUGCCUCAACGCGGCCGCUGCUUCCUCCGGGUUGGAGAAAUGUUUGCUGCUGGAAAUGAGGAUAUAUCUGAAGAGCUUCGAGCUCUUGCUCAAGGUCCUAAUUGUGUUGCAAGAAAGUACAAGGGUUUUAUUAUUAAUGGUUUUAGAUUUCGUGUGAAAGAAGUUGAGGAAAAGAGAAAAACUCAAAAUAGUGGGGUUAUUGUUACUGCCAAGACAGAAAGUUAUGCUAACGUGAGGGAUAACAACCCCAUAUCAGGAGAUGUCACAUAUUAUGGAGUUCUAAAUGAUAUUUUAGAGUUAGAUUAUCUCAGUGGUAAAAAAGUGACGCUAUUCAAUUGUGAUUGGGUUUCUCAAAGAAGUGGAAAGAAAGAAGAUGAUGAUGGUUUCACCUUAGUCAAUUUCACUAGACUCAUGCCCACAGAUGAGCCAUUUAUUUUAGCUUCUCAAGCACAACAAGUGUUUUAUGUGGAAGACCCUACAGAAAAAGACUGGCAUGUUGUAAUAAGAACCACACCUAGAGACCAAUUUGAUCAAAAAGUCAAUUCAUGUGAGGAUGAUAUAGAGACUCAGCUGCAAAGCCAUGCAUGCAAUCCUCAAAUUCAAGAUGGUGACAUCAAUGUUGAUAUUACAUGGGCUAGGGAGCAUGAUGAAUUUGAUGCUUAUGGUUGAUAUGGUUCAUUAUUAUUUUUUUAUGUUAUAACUUUGUACGACUUUCAAUUCUAUGCUUUUCUAAAUUGAGUUUGUAGUUUUUAAUGCUUUCUCCUUUGGGUUUUAUUUUCAAUUAAUUCAUUUUUCGUUGUAGAAAACUAUAUAUCAAGAUUGUGUUGUCUUAAUUAGCUAUUUCAAUUAUCUAAAUACUAUUUGUGUGUUGUUCCAUUAGUUUGGUACAUAGAAUCAUUGUUAUAUAACAGUGAGUAUUGCUACAUUCACACAAAUUCAGCUUGAUGGCACCAAGAACUAGAAUUGGACGUAUGUCUGAUGGGUUGGACUCAAA